AUGGAAAAGUUUGCUGAAAGUUACGCGCGACAGAACCCAGAUGUCUUCUCCAACUCUGACACGGCUUUCAUCCUAGCACCAUAUCCAAAGCCACUUCCAUUGAAGGCGUUUAUGAUGGAAUAUCUGGGGACAGCACCACAAAUGAGUAGCCUGAGCUUCACCUUUGCUUUGGAAAUGCUCCAUAAGGAUUUCAAGAAGUACAUGUAUCCGCACGACCAUUAA